AUGUCGGAGACCCAGGGCCCAGAGGCCAAAAAGGCGAUGACCGAGGCCAUGCGCAAGGUACAGGAAGAGGAGGCCGCAGCGUUGGCUUCCCUGCCGUCUGGGACGAAGGCGAUCCUCGAUCUCUACACCAACCGAGUGCAUGCCUCCAUGGACGCGCUCGUGGAGCGGGUGACCCAGCAGAAUGAACCACGCUUCACGGCUAUAGAAGAUUCGGCGAAGGCCUUGGAGUCCAGGGGGACCAAGCUCGAGAAGCAGUUCGCCGAUUCUGCCUCGAGCGCCGGUGGUGGGUCAUCUACUGGAGACUGGAAGCCUUCGAACAUCGUCAUAAAGAUUUGUGAGUUCAAAGACAAGGACACCCACAAGGUCAACUUCACGGCUGUCCGCAACUGGGUGAACUCCAUCAAGACGCACCUUGGGACUCAAGCUUCAGAGCUCGGUGGCCUCAAGGCGAGGACCACGGAGGACAUCUACAAAGUAGAGAUCCCCGUAAACCCGGCCCACGUGGAGAGCAUCAAAGACGCCAUGCGCGAGACGAUGACCAGCCAGAACCUGGCCAUCCGCACGACUGCGGGGGUGGAGCUGUGGCCGAAGAUCAACGCCGAGCAGCACCCUAUCAGGAUGAUGCGCUACCGCACGUACGGCUCCCUGGUGGACGCGAUCCAGGCGCAGGCGAAGAUGGACGGCUACGUGGUCAAGGAAGAUUGGCAGAAGUCUCUGUCUGUCGAAGUGGGCAAGUUGGAUGGGACCUCUCACAGGAUCGCUGGAGUGGACGCGAACGCCUCGGUGGUCUGGGACACGGAGGUGCUACAGACCCUGGGGCGCAAAGCUGCUUCUACUAGGGCGGCCUUCUUCAAGAAGGUCCGGAAGAGCGUGCGGAAACAGGUCGUGAUGCUGCUGCAAGAGGUGCCGAAGUGGGGGGACGGGGAGUUCCCCGGCUAUGCGCUCCGCUCGCAGAAGGGGGAGGACUGCGCCAUCGCA